AUGGCCUACGCGCCUCAGGCCGACGAGCCGGAGCUGAUCGUGGACCCCGCCGUGCCCCUCGGACACGUUCAGCGCCGCCUCCUGGACGCGGGCCGCGUCCUCGUGACUGGCGGCUGGCUCGUCGUCAUUAAUUACAUCAGCAGCAACCGCGACGGGAACGCCGCGCACGCGCUCGUCGGCCUCGCGCUUCUGCUACUCGGCGUCUUCCUCAUCGAGCUGUCACUGGUGGCCGAUCAGUUCCCGGGAGCAGCAAGGGUUGGCGCCGCCGUGGCCGACGCCGUCCUCUUCUACUUCUUGGCGCCGGCGAACUAG